GAUCCCCUUCACACCUUUUCGCCACUUUUCCUUCUACUCCCCCUCUUUCGACAAUAGGUGAACCUGCCUUUUGCUACUAGCUUCGCUCGCUUUAAGGACAUCAAGAGACGCCUCCAAUUCAGGAUCAAAACAAACAAACAAGUCCUCCUGGCUAUCGGCUUGCUCACAGUCACACACAUACACACAUAUUGUCUUGUCGGACAUACUGUACCACUGGUUCUGUCUCCAUUCGAAGCUUCAAUUAACACUUUCUAUUACUCAUUGGGCAGCAAGCGACAUCACCCAAGUGCACACAUUUAACUUCGCAAUGGCUGCCAUCGCUCGUCAACCUUUUGCGCCGCUCAAUGAAGCGCGUCUACACACCCUAACUAGUCUAAAGAAUAGACAAAAUGCAAUCUCAAGCCCGUCUCCUGUGAAAAGAAAGGCUUCUGACGUGGCCGAGUCUGACGACUCUGAAAAUGUCGACCCAGUGCUCUUCGCUAAGCGCGCCAAAGGCGCUGAUAGCUUCUAUUCCUCCAAGGGCUCCUUCGUCAAGCCUUCAACCUUCUUCCUGACCAAAUCUGCCAGUACCAAUGACCUACCUGUCUCAAAUUCUCCAAAGGCCGCCGCGCCUCGUUCGCGCAACGUUUUGAAUCCCAAGUCACCGGCUGCCAAGCUCAACAUAAGCAUUGCCCGGUCUUCUCCCCUUUCCGCACCAGCUGGGCGGUCUCCCACUCGAGGCAAGCGCUCAGGUAUUCUAUCGUCUCGGAAGAACGGCAGUUCUUUUAGCCGGAUUGACCCGCCUGUCUUUGGACUUUCUAAUGGGUCUUCGGCGGCCCCGUUCUCGCUUGACGCUGCUCUCAAGGGAACCAUCUCCAGCUAUACCAGCCGUAGCGAUGUUUCAACUUCAAAGAAGCCAUCUUCGGCGCUGUCUGAUUUCAGUGGCUUACAUGAGCCCGAGAUGAACUCAUCGUGGUUUUUUGAUAUCCAUGAAGAUACUGAAGAACAAGAGAUGACAAACCUUCUCCAGCACAGUACCUGCGUUUUGGACAUCAGCUCAGACGAGGAAAGUGAAAGCCGGCGCCAGCGGGAACGCGCGGAGGGCAAGGAAAACAUCCCCCCCGUAGACGAUGUCUCCCAAACCUCCCGCCCACGUGCUGCACGACUUGCUGCCGGUGAUGACGACAUGGUGGUUGAGAAGGAAAGGAACCCGCUCGGCGAAAUGGACCCUAAACAGUACUACGCCAAGGGUUGUUAUGAGAACUCUAUUGUUAUUGUGCCCGGCGAAGACGAUGAUGAACCUAUCCCGAAUGAAGUGAACUUUGUUCCGGAGGCGAGUACCUCAGCCCCUGCUGAUGGCGAAGUUGAGGCGGGCUCUGUCGCCGAACCCUGCAAUCUCUCAGAAGAGAACCCUACAGCUGAGGAGCUGAUGCAAAAGACAGACGCCCCUGCUUCUGGCGCUGCACUGCUUGAGCCAUUGGAAGGUACUGGUGAAAGUUUCGAGGUUUGGGAAAGCAGCAGUGCAAAAGAUGAGACAGAGGCAGCUGCGGAAUGUUCUUAAGAGAGGAGA